AUGUGCUACGACUGCUACGUGUCCAUCUGCAAACCCCUGCACUACGGGACCCUCCUGGGCAGCAGAGCUUGUGCCCACAUGGCAGCAGCUGCCUGGGCAAGUGCCUUUCUCACUGCUCUCAUGCACACAGCCAAUACAUUUUCCCUGCCCCUGUGCCAUGGCAAUGCCCUGGGCCAGUUCUUCUGUGAAAUCCCUCAGAUCCUCAAGCUCUCCUGCUCCAAAUCUUACCUCAGGGAAACAGGGCUACUUGUAGUUACUAGCAGUUUAUCACUGUGUUGUUUCGUGUUCAUUGUUUUCUCCUAUGUGCAGAUCUUCAGGGCUGUUCUGAGGAUCCCCUCUGAGCAGGGACGGCACAAAGCCUUUUCCACAUGCCUCCCUCACCUGGCCAUGGUCUCUCUGUUCCUCAGCACUGGCAUAUUUGCCUACAUGAAGCCCCCCUCCAUCUCCUCCCCAUCUCUGGAUCUGUCCCUGUCAGUUCUGUACUCGGUGGUGCCUCCAGCCCUGAACCCCCUCAUCUACAGCCUGAGGAACCAGGAGCUCAAGGCUGCAGUGUGGAGAGUGAUGAAUGGAUGCUUUCAGAAACAUUUAACUGCUGGCCAGUUUCAACAAAUUGCUUGAAAUAAAAGUUA